AUGAAAUGAGUGAUAGAGGAAAAUUAGGGUUUUGAAAGCAAAGGUAAAGGAAUGAAAGUAUAUACCUUGAAAGAGACAUUUGCAUUUGUCACUUUGUUGAUUCUGAGUACUGUUCAUUGCAGCGGAGCCCACAUAGCCAUCAUCAUGCUUUCACGACGACCGGAGCGUCCCACGAGGAUUGAGAUCAUGCGACAGGCCGUGAUCGACGACGAGCCACUGGACGAGGGUCUCCCGUACAUGAGAGAGCACACGGCGGGGCAGAUUCUUCGCAGUUUGCGAGAUCAGAUUCCCCGACUUACUCAGGCAGAGAGAGACACAUUGUCGAUAGUAGGUUUGUGGUGUAUGAUUCUUAUGCCGGCCAUCCGAUUUCAUCCUGCGAUGCCGAUGGCACUCAUGGAGCGAUGGGAUCCUGACACAUGCACGUUCCAGCUUCCAGUAGGGGAGAUGACGGUGACACUUGAGGAUGUGUACCGCAUUCUUCGCCUACCGAUCAGAGGAGCUACCGUGACAUAUGCGACCGAUCGGUCAGUAGAGGAUCAUCAGAGGGAGCAGGUAUAUUGCAUAGGGAGAGUCAUGCCGAGUGAGACGAGAGGUCGUAUCAUGGUCAGCUGGCUCUUACAUCCUACAGGAGAGGUGCCCCUCAUGAGACGUCUUAUGAUAGCCAUCAUUGCACUAGCUGUCUGCCUUAACGGGCGAGGUACACACAUGCAUGGGGGUUUCACAUGGUGCAUCAGGGCUAUGGAGAGACACAGGAGAGUAUAUGCCUGGGGUCGGAGUAUGCUUGCACAUCUCUAUCACGACCUCGAGGAGUAUGUUUUCGGACAGGUUUGCAGCUUGAUGACAUGCACACUUCUGCAGGUGUGGAUAUUUGAGCACUUUACAUGCACCAGGCCUGUCGGCUAUCCGAUGAGUACGGCUAGCGAGCGACCUAGGGUAUUUGCUUAUCCACUUACCAGUGAGUGGAGAUUUGGAGAUCUAUUGUAUUGGAGAGUGAUAGUUGACAGAUUGACAGCCGAGGUGACCGUGUGGAGACCAUAUCUGCCGAUGCACAGAUGGGAUGGGAUGGAGAGACAGUUAGCAUGCCUACAGAGGAACCGCCUACUGAGAGGACGAUAUCCACACAUCAUAGUCCCAUUCUACUUUGACCGAGUACGGAGGCAGUUCGGGCUAGAGCAGUGUGUCCCAGCCGAUGUGCCCAUCUACACUCGACACUCACGAGUCCUUCCCAGACCCAAAGCAGUAGCGAGACCGACGAUAGACGAUAUCGAGAUCACAGAUAUAGAGGGGUCCGACCAGGAUGUGGUCACUGAUUAUGCUGCAGACCCCGGGGCACAGCGCAGAUAUCAUUCCUAGUUUAUGAGAUCAUACCCAGGGCCUAUCUUUCCACCAGAUCACCCGACAGGCCAUCCAGGUCCAUGGAGGCAUGGAGAUCGAGAUGAGGAUCAGGGAUCCAGAUCGGAGGAGCCAGAGGAGGGAGAGGGUCAUGAAGAGGCAGGAGGUCCUGAUCCGCCUAUAGGAGAUCAGCCUAGUGCCGAGGAGGAGGAGGACGAGGAUGACGAGGAGGAGGAGAGAUGAUGAUGAGGAGAACGAGGAUGCAGAUGAGGAUGGGGAUGACGAGGAGGAGGAGGAUAGAGAUGAUGAGGAGGAGUCAGAUGCAGCUCCUCACCAUUCAGGGGAUGAUACCGUAGCCUUAGAUCCUCCCGUUAUUCCCCAAAAGGGGGAACACGAGGCGCUACGGAGACCUGCACCUAUCGCGCACAGAUCGCUCGAGCGUGGGGAGCCUAGUAGUUCCCAGUCACAGAUGCUACCAUAUCACGAUCCCUACUGGCGUGAGGGAGAUCCAGCUAAUGUGCAGGAGUGGCGCUCCUUGAUCCAGCAAGCAGUGACAGAUAUCUCCACGACAGCGCAGAUCCCUAGUUCCUCACAGGUUGCUUAUAGACCUCAAGGGAACGCGAGUCGGCAUGAUGAUUUGUUCUCCCCAUUUCGAGUAUAGGUAGAGAUAUGGAGGGAGAGAGAGCGGGCUCUAUCAGAGGACCUUCAGCGAGCACAACGUGAUCUAGCAGCAGCUCAGGCCGAGGCUACCUCGUAUCGCGCUAUCCUUAUGGAUAGGGAUCGUAGGAGUUCCUCUCGGAGCCAUUCACGAUCUAUAUCACGGUAUACGCCUAUGGGUCCACCUGCACGGCCGGAUCGGGAGGGAGCAUCUAGUCGUCACUCUCCGGCCACCAGCCCUAGGGAUAGAAGAUGAUUUUAUGAUGUAGGGUAGGUCAUAUUUCGGGUGUAUAGGGACCUACCUUUGUAUAUUGAUCCACACACACACAUA